AGUGGUGGGGAUUUCAUUCCAGCCUCCAGUCCCGCGUGUACACACAUUCGUUCAGCGGGUGAACACACAGACGAACAGCACCGACUUGUUGCGAGAAUGUGACAGUGUAACAGAUUUUUUUUUUUUUCAUCAUUUCAAUUUGUAGAAUAACGUCGGCAAUUACAAGGCACAUUUUUGUCCUCGGGAGUUUUGUGUCAAGGAAGCCAUGGAGCCGAUAACAAAGUGGACGCCGAAGCAAGUUGUCGACUGGAUGAGAGGUUUAGAUGACAGCCUGCAGCAAUAUGUGGGCAACUUUGAACGGGAAAAGAUCAGUGGGGAGCAGUUAUUGAAGAUCACACACCAAGACCUGGAGGAGCUCGGAGUGGCCCGGAUUGGACACCAGGAGCUAGUGUUGGAGGCUGUCGAUCUACUCUGCGCUCUGAACUAUGGUGUGGAGACAGACAACUUGAAGAAUCUGGUGGUGAGGAUGAGAGCUGCCACCAACAGUCUGCACAUGGCCACAUCCGACCGCAGGAAAAGCCCAGCGUAUGAUGGCAGCACCUCACGCAAGCCACCCAAUGACUUCCUCACCUCUGUGGUGGAGAUGAUUGGUGCUGCAAAGAGCCUCCUGGCUUGGCUCGACAGGACACCUUUGACAGGGAUCAGUGACUUCACAACCACCAAGAACAAGAUCAUUCAGCUGUGCCUGGAGCUCACUACCACAGUUCAACAGGACUGCAGUGUUUACGAGAUGGAGGAGAAGAUCCUGGAAGUUUCUAAGAUUUUGAACAACAUCUGUGAUCAGACCGUGAGAACCACCUCUGACCCCCUGAUGAGCCAGUCGGCCUGCUUGGAAGAAGUCCAGCUGACCAAUAUCAAACCAGGAGAGGGCCUGGGGAUGUACAUCAAGUCUACCUAUGAUGGGUUACAUGUCAUCACAGGAACCACAGAGCAUUCACCUGCAGACCUGACUAGGAAGAUCCAUGCUGGUGAUGAGGUGAUCCAGGUUAACCAGCAAACAGUGGUGGGCUGGCAGCUGAAAAACCUGGUUAUGAAACUGAGGGAGGACCCCAAAGGUGUUGUUCUACUCCUUAAGAAGAGGCCCACAGGCACCACAGGUUUCACUCCCGCCCCGCUCAAGAACAUGCGCUGGAAGCCCCCAGUACCACAGAACAAUUCCUCCCUGAUCAGAGCCCAGUCUCCCUGCGGCUCAGCGAACGGAUCAACCAAAAAGGAGAAGCCGGCUCUCCUGGACUUAUACAUCCCCCCACCUCCUCCGAUGCCAUACACCCCACGUGAGUUAAGAGCAGACACCUUCUCCAGCAUUACUAAAAGACCAAAGGGCUCUGAGUCACCCAACUCCUACCUGGACCAGGAGAGCAGAAGACGCUGCACGAUUGCAGAUUAUGACAAAUUAAGCGUUGGCUGUCCCAUCGAGGCCAACGUGAUUCAGCCCAGGAUGAGGGAGCACAAGCCCUCGCGUGGGAAGCCCCGGCCUCUUUCAAUGCCAGCGGACACCUGUGUUGGAUUGGUGGAUCCCUACGCUAAGCCAUGGGCACAGGGAAGGAAAGGUGAAGACCUCCUGUAUAGAUACCUGAGCAAUGAAAGGAUCCCCACCAUCGCAGAGGAGGUCCCGUCUGUGUCUCCACCCUACAGGCCUGCGGGGGAGCGCCACCUCGUCAGAGUGGACCACAUCAGGGGCAGCCGCUACUACUCCAACUCAGACCUCCACAACAGCGCCACCAUCCCCUACCAGGAGGACAUGAGAAAGGGCCCCGUAGCCCCCGCCUCCAAGCGCACAACGGCAGAACGCUCACUACUGGGUUCCGACUGGCACUCUAGCAGUGACUUCCUCAACCGGUAUAAUCAACCACACAUACGGUCCUGGUCCUUCUCUCAAGCAGCUGCCUUCCCCAUAUCUGUGCCCCCUUCAAUGGCCGCCGAUGACUAUAACCCUGUCUCCCUCCGACACAAAUCCAAGAGGAAGACCCGAGGUGGCAAUGGUACAAACAUGAGCAGGAGACGGAUCUCUGUGAAAGAGCUGGGUCAGCCAGAUCACCAGGGCUGGCUGUACAGGAAGAAAGAGAGCAAAGGCUUCCUGGGUAUGAAAUGGAAGAAGUACUGGUUUGUGCUGAAGAAGACGUCUCUCUACUGGUACACCAAUCAGCUGGCAGAAAAGGCUGAAGGCUACAUCGACCUCACCAACUUCAUGAUUGACAGAGCCAUAGAGUGCAGGAAGAAACAUGCGUUCAAAGCCUGUCACCCACAAGUCAUGAUGUUUUAUUUUGCUGCUGAGAACCACGAGGAGAUGAAUUUGUGGUUGAAUAAGCUUGGACUAGCCUCCAUCCAGUAUGAGGCAACAGAACGAAAUCCUGCAGCUGAGUGUUAUAGUGAAGCUAGUGACCACGAAGAAGCCGAAAGCACAGAGAUCCCCCCUCCACCAUACUCUGAACAAACCCUGAGGGACUCGGUGGAUGCAUCGGGUCCACCUGGUAGCACACAUCAGGGUACCCUUCCUCCCCCUUACUCCUCCGCGGUCCCAAGCGAAGCCAACGGUUCGCUCUCAUCUCCCGUCAGCACGAUGACAUCACAGAGCUCCACCUCCUCGCUCGCCAAGCAGCGGCAGUCCUGGUUGGACCUGGUCUCGCAGGCGUCUCCUCCCGCCGGGGAAACAGCUGUGGUGUGCUCCGUUCAGAUACACUCACAUCAACCUCCGCCGGAGGAGACGGAAGAGGAGGAUGACACCCAGGUGCUGGAAGGCUCGUCUCAGCAGGACUCUCCGGAAACGGAGUCCAAUGAGGAAAGCCCUGCUGUAGAGGAAGCAGAGUCACAGAGGGUUGCCUCUGGUGCUCAAGAAGAAGGGGUCGAUAGGAACAGCUCAGAUGAGAUGGAGAAGCUGUAUAUUCACCUAAAACAGGCCAGCCUCUCGCCAAUAGGAGAUCGUAAACCAUCCACAAAAAGGGAAUUCAGGGCCUCCUUCGUAAAACGCUGUAAAAACCAGACUGUCAAUGACAAACUGCACCGUAUCAGGACUCUAAACAGCACAUUAAAGUCAAAAGAGGCAGACCUACAGGCAAUCGAGCAGGUGUUGUCAAACCCGGAGCUUAACUCGGACAAGUUCAGGGAGUGGAAGGACGCCAAUGCACCCUUGGUACAGGAGAUCUGCGUCAAACAGGACCAGCAGGUGGCAUCAGAGGCCACGAAAGCUGCAGCAUCGGUCAUUGCUGCUCCAGUGGUCGAGACCAGUUUAUGAAGAUUCCGACAGACUGGUUUUGCUGUUUUUGGACUUGGAGGACUUCACACUCACAUGAUCUGGAUGCACACACUCACAAUGCUGUUUUCAAAUGAGACUACUGUAACAUAUCAGUGGACUUACUUUUCAUCUUAAGUAACUGGAUUAAUGAAGAAUGGUGUUUUUAGCUCCUAUCUGGAAAUGGAGCAAACAUUUUAUGAUUAGCAGGUCACAUUAAAAUGUGAAUUGUGUCUUAGUAUUACUUUUAGCAAAUUUUACAGAUGGUAGUUUUUAUCUUGUAAUUCUGUGAAACCUAUGCAUCAUUAUACAUGGUAUGAUGGAUGACACUGAGCAUUGAGUCCGUUGUUCUUUGCAUAGAAACACUUGUUUUUUUUACUGUUUGUUUGAUCUACUUUGGUUUCAUCAGUAGUGAACAAAUCUUUGAAUGUCUUCAGUCAGUUUUAACUGUUUUCAGUCAAUUAUUGGUGCUAUGCACUAUCACUGCCUGUUACAAAUGUUUUAUUGUGGCUGUUUUUUGAAUGAUCAGUGUGUUGUACGCCCUAGAAAUGAAGAUAUUCUAGACUGAACACCAGGGCGUGCACUAACAGAAUAAAAGUCAGUCACAAAUCAGGAUCAUUGUUGAAUAUCAAAAAGUGUCAAUUUUUAAUGCAACGUAACCUACAAACAAGAUAUAAGGAAAUUAUCUUAUUUUCAUGAGAAAAAAAAACAAACAUUUUUUUUAAAUGAAGAAUUACACGAAGAAACCACCUUAAUGUGAAUGAGGUUAUUACAAAUGUAUAACCAAUAUUAAUAUGGUGUGUUGGACUUAAUGCACAAUGUACAAGUAUGCAUUUGCAUUUAAAUCUAGGAUGUGUGAUGGAUAAUGCUCAGGAAAAAAAUUUGAAAUACUGUUCUUUAAGAUAGAUCCCACAAACAUGUCCAGUUGACCAAAACCCUGUGUUAGUGGAGGAACAAAUACAUGGAUUUGGAGGUCAUUGGGAUAAAGACAUCAGGCAUUAUGUGACUGUCCACGGCCACUCCGGAGAGAAACAGAUUUAGGAAAGUCUCAGAUAUUAUCUACUGGUAGGGGCCAAACCAAGCUCCAUGCACAAAAUGGCAUUUUUAUCCUGUCUUACAUUUUUUUAAAUUUGUUGUGCAUGUAAAAUAUCAACUCUGUAAAUAGUUGUACAUGGGUGUGUGCUGUUAAUUGUGCUUGAACUCGCGUCAGUGUGUUUGUUUGUAUACUUGGAAAUAAAGUGUUGGCACAAGA